GGCUCAAUGCCCCCUGCUUCUGCCGCACCCAACCGAAGAGGAAAGCCGCGGCUGCCGGCGGCCCGACAGGGAGGGGGCGGCUGCAAGUUGCGGCGGCUGUGUGGGGACGCGCCCACGUGAACGUGCCGGCGCCGACGACGAUGCCCACGGCGCGCCCGCGCGCACCACGUGACGCCCUCGUGCGACCGCGACCUUCCGGCCCCCUGUCCCCUCGCUGCAUAUUCCUUGGCCGUUUCAAACCGGCGGCAGCAACGUCGCCGGCCGGCCUCGGUCCCGGUGUACAUCUAUCGCCGCCGUGCCUGCUUUUGUUGCAAGAUUCGUGAUGCCGGCCGUUUCUGUUCAGUGAUAGAAAGAUGAUGCAUCGUGUGGAAAGCUGAGGUCGUCUUACGGAACUUGCAUCAAAAGUCUGAUGGAAAGAUGAUGCUUUUUGCAGGCCAUCAGGAAUAAUCGAGGCACUUGCAUGGAUGUGGUGCAGAAGCAGAAUCUUCUUCUUUCUGAAGGAAACAGGAGGGGCAGAUUUAUAAUCAGAAUCUUCUUCUUUGGGGCGGAGGAAAGUUGCAGAAGAAUCUCUGGGUACAGCGACGCCGUCGGCACGCCAAUAUGCAUGGCAGGCAUGCUGGCAAUGGCAUGAAUCAAUCUCGCUCGCCCACCCCGAACUGCAUGGCCCGAUCUCCGUCGCAUCACCUGUACCUGAAGAGGGAGGCCGCCCCUGGCCGGAAACUGGGUGCAGGGAAGGAACCCCAGUUCGAGUCCUCCGGCCUAUUUAUACGCACACGGAGCAGCAGGGGGCUAGCAGCAACAGUAGCAGUUAGCAAGCAAAGCAAAGCCAAGGGGCUGGCCAAGCAGAGACCCAGCUAGCAUGUCGGGAUCCGGCGCUGGCGUGUGGGUGUUCCGGAACGGGGUGAUGCAGCUGGAGCAGCCGGCGGCGGCGAGCCGGAAGGCGCUGGUGUACGUGCCGACGAACGAGGUGGUGCGGUCGGUGGAGGCGCUGGAGCGGCGGCUGGGGACGCUGGGCUGGGAGCGCUACUACGAGAACCGAAGCAUCGUGCAGCUCCACAAGCGCGACGGCGGCGCAGACCUCAUCACCAUCCCCCGCGACUUCGCCAGCCUCCGCUCCACCCACAUGUACGACGUCGUCGUCAAGAACCGCGACCACUUCAAGGUCGUCGACGCCUAGAGCCUAGCUAGCUUCUAGCUAGCUGCUAGGGGGUGGUGGCAAUGGCAUGCGUACGUGUGCAGGUGCAGAUAUUGUACUGAUCAACUACUGAUGCUUGCUGUUUACUAGCUACUACUAUUGCCCUUGGGUUUGUUUAAACUUCGGUGUGAGAUUAA